CUACAGCACUGCCUGUAAAAUGAGUCUGUAUGAGAAGAGAGAGGAUGAGGAGGAUGAUGUUCACACACAUAAAGCAGCAUCUCCAGAACCCAGCUGUGUGUCUGUGAAGAGUGACAAGUCCAUGGGAACCCCUCCUCUUCUCAGUGAUGAAGCAGAUCUCUGUGAGAUGAAAGAGGAGGAUGUUCACACACAUAAAGCAGCAUCUCCAGAACCCAGCUGUGUGUCUGUGAAGAGUGAGAGAUCCAUGGGAAUCCCUCCUCUUCUCAGUGAUGGAGCAGUGACCUCUGACCUUGAGUGAGUAUAAAAACUGAUUAACAAAGAUAACAACAAAAAAACAGCCCUGCAGACAAACACACAGGAGACACAAAUGCAGCACAUUUCUCUCCAACCAGUGCGUGAUGGACUACAGAGAGUCAAAAACCAGCACAAAACCAGCAUGAAGAAGAGGUAUGAGAGGUUAUUUGAGGGAAGCAAACUAGAAGAGAUUCAAACCCUCCUGAACAGGAUCUACACAGAGCUCUACAUCAUAGAGGGAGAGAGUGAAGGAGUGAAUGAAGAACAUGAGGUUUUACAGAUGGAGAAAACACCCAGAACACAACACACUGCAAUCUACUGCAAUGACAUCUUUAAACCCUUACAUCAACCAGGAUGUGAGGAGAAAGAUGAAAUCAAGACUGUUCUUACUAAAGGCAUCGCUGGAAUUGGAAAAACUGUCUCUGUGCAGAAGUUCAUUCUGGACUGGACCGAGGGAAAAGCCAAUCAGGAUGUAGAUUUCAUGUUUGUGCUUCCAUUUCGAGAGCUGAACUUGAUUAAAGAUCACCAGUACAGUCUUCACAGACUUCUGCUGGCCUUUCACCCUAAACUUCAAGAUCUGGACUCAACGAUUUAUGAAGAGUGUAAAGUUGUGUUCAUCUUUGAUGGUCUGGAUGAAAGCAGAAUUACACUGAUGUUUUCAGAUGAUGAGAAAGUUUGUGAUGUGAACGAGUCUUCAUCAGUGGGUGUGUUGAUGUCAAACCUCAUCAGAGGAGAGCUGCUUCCCUCUGCUCUCAUCUGGAUCACCUCCAGACCAACAGCAGCCAAUCAGAUCCCCUCAAAAUACAUCAACAGUGUGACAUACAUUCAGGGAUUCAAUGAGCCUCAGAAAGAGGAAUAUUUCAGGAAGAGAAUCAGUGAUGAGCAUCAAGCCAGCAGAAUCAUCUCACACAUUAAAAGAUCAAGAAGCCUCCACAUCAUGUGUCACAUCCCCGUCUUCUGCUGGAUCUCAGCCACUGUGCUUCAAAACCUCCUGAAACAAGAUGACAGUGCAGAAAUACCUCAAACUCUGACUGAAAUGUACAUCCACUUCCUGCUGACUCAGAUCAACAUGAAGAGUCAGAAGUAUGAUGAGAAAAAAACAAGGAAACUCUUGAAGUACAACAUAGACGUGAUUGUGAAACUUGCUGAACUGGCUUUCAAACAGCUGAUGAAGGGCAAUGUGAUGUUCUACGAGGAGGACCUGAUUGAGAGCAGCAUAGACGUCACUGACGCCUCAGUGUAUUCUGGGAUUUGCACUGAGAUCUUUAAGGAGGAAUCUGUGAUUCAUCAGAGGAAAGUCUACUGCUUCAUUCAUCUGAGCUUUCAGGAGUUUCUUGCUGCUUUGUUUGUGUUUUACUUUCAUACCACCAAGAACAAAGAAUCACUGAAGUCAUUUCUGAAUAACAUAUGCCAGCAGUACAGUCUCUCUCUGUAUGAUCUACUACUCUCAGCAGCUGUUAAAGCCUUACAGAGUGAAAAUGGACACCUGGAUCUUUUCCUGAGGUUCCUGCUGGGCAUCUCACUGGAGUCCAAUCAGAGACUCAUAAAGGAUAUACUGAGACACACAGUGAACAGCUCAGAGAUCAUCAAGAGAAUCACACAAGACAUUAAAUAUGCAAUCAAGGCUGAUGAAGGUCUCUCAGCUGGCAGAUGCAUCAAUCUGUUCCUCUGUCUGCUGGAAAUGAAGGACCAGACUCUGUACAGAGAGAUUCAGGAGUUUGUGAAAUUAGAGAAACACUCAAAGAAUCAGCUCUCUCUGUCUCACUGCUCAACAAUCGCCUACAUGCUUCAGAUAUCAGAGGAGGUGCUGGAUGAGUUUGAUCUGAAGAGAUACAACACAUCAGAUGAGGGUAGAAAGAGACUGAUACCAGCUGUGCUGAACUGCAGAAAAGCUCUACUUGCUGGCUGUAAUCUCACUGAUCAGUGCUGUGAAAGUUUGUCUUCAUCUCUACAAUCAUCAAACUCACUGAGAGAGCUGGACCUGAGUAACAAUGACCUGCAGGAUUCAGGAGUGAAGCUUCUCUCUGAUGGACUGAAGAGUUCACACUGUCAACUCAACAUACUAAAACUUGCUGACUGUAAUCUCACUGAUCAGUGCUGUGAAAGUUUGUCUUCAUCUCUACAAUCAUCAAACUCCUCAUUGAGAGAGCUGGACCUGAGUAACAAUGACCUGCAGGAUUCAGGAGUGAAGCUUCUCUCUGAUGGACUGAAGAGUUCAAACUGUCAACUCAACACACUGAAACUUUCUUGGUGUAAUCUCACUGGUCGGUUCUGUGAAAGUUUGUCUUCAUCUCUACAAUCAUCAAACUCAACGAGAGAGCUGGACAUGAGCAACAAUAAUCUGCAGGAUUCAGGAGUGAAGUUCCUGUCUGAGGCACUGAAGAGUUCAAACUGUCAACUCAACAUACUAAGAUUUGCUGGCUGUAAUCUCACUGAUCAGUGCUGUACAAGUUUGUCUUCAUCUCUACAAUCAUCAAACUCAUUGAGAGAGCUGGACCUGAGUAACAAUAACCUGCAGGAUUCAGGAGUGAAGCUUCUGUCUGAUGGACUGAAGUGUUCACACUGUCAACUCAACAUACUUAGAGUGACGGGUUGCAAUCUCACUGAUCAGUGCUGUGAAAGUUUGUCUUCAUCUCUACAAUCAUCAAACUCACUGAGAGAGCUGGACCUGAGUAACAAUGACCUGCAGGAUUCAGGAGUGAAGCUUCUCUCUGAUGGACUGAAGAGUUCACACUCUCAACUCAAAAUACUGAGGUAA